AUGCAAGAAGUACCUGAGAAAUCUGCACCUGGUCAACUUCCACGUACAGUUGAUGUCAUUGUCGAGGACGACCUGGUAGAUUCAUGCAAACCUGGAGAUCGUGUGGCUAUUGUUGGAAUUUAUAAGGCUCUCCCUGGAAAAAGCAAGGGUGGUGUAAAUGGAGUGUUCAGGAUUGUCCUUAUAGCUAACAAUGUGUUUUUACUCAACAAAGAGGCAAAUGCACCGAUUUAUACUCCUGAGGAUAUUAAUAUGAUCAAGAAGAUAGCCGAAAGAGAUGACACAUUUGAACUACUUGGUAAUUCACUUGCCCCAUCUAUCUAUGGGCACUCGUGGAUAAAGAAAGCUGUGAUCCUUUUAAUGCUUGGUGGGACAGAAUUAAACCUGAAAAAUGGGACACACUUGCGAGGUGACAUAAACAUGAUGAUGGUUGGUGAUCCAUCGGUUGCCAAAUCACAGCUGCUUAGAGCAAUCAUGAAUAUUGCUCCAUUGGCCAUAUCAACAACUGGUCGAGGUUCUUCAGGUGUUGGUUUAACAGCUGAGGUCACAUCUGACCAAGAAACAGAGAGAAGGCUGGAAGCAGGUGCAAUGGUUCUUGCUGAUCGAGGUGUUAUAUGCAUCGACGAGUUUGAUAAAAUGAAUGAUGAAGAUCGUGUAGCUAUUCAUGAAGUUAUGGAGAAAAAGACUGUUACAAUUGCCAAAGCUGGAAUUCAUGCAUUAGUAAAUGCUCGAUGCAGUGUCGUUGCAGCUGCAAAUUCCAUAUAUGGAACUUAUGACGGGUCGAUAACUCCAACAAAGAACAUUGGCCUUCCUGACUGUUUGCUUUCCUUUUUUGAUUUGUUAUUAAUUGUAUUGGACCAAAUGGAUCCUGCUAUCGACUGUCAAAUCUCGGAACAUGUCUUGCGUAUGCACCGAUUUUGUUCAGCAACUGAUGGAGGAACGGCAACAUUAGAUGGGAGUUCAAGGUAUGGAGUGGAUGAAGAAGCUGAUACAGGCUCAACUGUAUUUGUCAAGUAUAAUCGAAUUUUACAACAAAGAGAAUCACAUAGAGCUUCAGAAGCGUGA